UACGACCGCAGUUACCUGAGACACGUCAAGCGCAAGAAUCUCCGCGUCACCUCGUACCGUUAAGCCAAACAUUUGGCACAUUUUAGGGGUGUUAGACGUGGUAUUAUCGCACAAGAGUACCGCGAGGGCGCCCGAAGUGAUAACCGCGUCAUUUUCCGGGCACCCGGAAAGACUUUCACGCGUGUGGAGGUGUAGGAAGAUCUCUCGAGAAUUUCUAGGUGUGUAUCGCGAAGAAUUUGGCGUAACUGUGCCCGGACUACCAUUUUCCGCGUUUCCAAGCGCUUUACAACAGGGCAUCGGGUGACAUUCGGUUCAACGCCCGGCUAUGACGUGAUAAAAAGUAAAGGAGGCAAAGGUCUGAAGUGUGCUCGAGUUUCGAGGGAAUAGCAACAGAAAAUGUCGGAAUCCACCCCGAUAUGCAGGUGCCGCGUACUCUACUUGGGUUCGGCGGUACCGCACCAGACAAAAGACGGCCUUCAAGGGAUACAGGAACCUCUGCAAGAGUUAUACCCGGAUCAGGGAGCGAUGGGCGCUAAAGGCAUUGACAGUUGGUUGAGCGUGUGGUCCAACGGCAUUCUAUUGGAGAAUGUAGACGAAAAUCACAAAAAGGUGACGCGGUUUUUCCCGAUCGAAAGUCUCCACUACUGUGCGGCAGUCAGAUAUGUUCUAGUCCCGGAAAAAAGCACCCUCAACGCGCCAUCGCCCCGAUUCUUGCCUCUCGAUUCGCCAUUCGCGAGAACGCCCAACCCCACCCAUCCUCCAUUGUUCGCCGCUAUUUUGAGGAGGACCACUGGUAUCAAAGUCCUGGAAUGUCACGCAUUCAUUUGUAAGAGGGAAGUGGCUGCUAACGCAUUGGUAAGAUGUUGUUUCCACGCCUACGCAGACUCGAGUUACGCCAAACAGGUCGAUACGGCCGGAAGUUUGUAUGGAACGCUCGCAUCAGAAAGACUAAGCGCCAAAGAUAAGAUUGACGAGUGGAAAAUGAGCCGAUCACAGCUGGGCUCCACUAUGACGAUCAACACCAUAGGAAAGGACGACGUUAGUAUUUACAACGGAGACGAGAAUCAUAAGGUGUGGGCCGGUAGCCAAGACAAUUUGGACGGCAUCUACGACGUCUAUGCUACGUCGACCAUCAGCAGACCUUCCAGGCCCCGUCAAAUAGCACAGCCGGUGGCGGUGCCACCGCCGCCGGUUAAAGAGAAGAAAAAGAAGAGCAAAUCUCAGUCCAAAUCCCUGGCCGGCUCGAGAGAGGACUUGUACCAUCCUCUGAUGAACGGAAAAGCGAGCAGCGUGGCGGGGACUUUAAUGAGACCGAGGCAAAUACCGAUGCACAUACCUGCGGGUCCGCAACCUAUCUACAUUAUGUCCCAGCCGCCCAUGGGCACGUUACCGAACCCAAAGUUCUUCAAACAUGGCAAUACCUUUUCACACCGGCCCAGAGGAAAGAUGUUGAUACCCGCCAGACCUAUCCCACCUCCGAUGGUGCCGAUGAUACCUCCGGGACCUCCCGUGGGUCCGGUGAUUAUUCCGGCACCCUCGACGCUGAUGAAGAAUAGGAAAAAGCACAAGAGCCUUCCACCGGAGGAACCGAUAUAUAUCACCAACGGCAGAACCCUAAGUCCGGUAGCAAAUUAUCCUCCAGUCAGUUUCCCACAGGAGGCCUAUCUGAUGCAGCAAUACGCUACCAUGGAAAGUCAGGGGAAGCAGAGGCAGCGACGCGAGAAGUCGGCGGAAAAGCAAACGAGAAUGAACAAAAAACUUGCGCAAAGCAUGAACGGCUUGGACGACCCCAACUUGAUGUCGGACGAAAGCCCUUUUAACACGGGCAUCUACAGGAAGAAAGGGCAUUUGAACGAGAGAGCGUUUUCUUAUUCCAUAAGACAGGAACACAGAAGCCGCAGUUACGGCAGCUUGGCCAAUCUGAAGUUCGCCAGUCCCAUACCCAACGGAGAGGUGGAAGAUAGGGAGGACCUGAAGAAAGAGAGGGAAAUUAUGCAAAUGGUGCAGGACUUGGACUUAUCCGGUGAUGAGUUGGAAAGGUCUGAAGUACCUCGGGGAAUGUACGAAGCCCGUGGGAUGACUCCGGGACCUGUCAUAGUGACGGGUGCCCAAAUCAAUGGGCGAGGUCACAGACGAUAAAGCACUUCGACAAAAAGGACGUACACGGUGGAAUCUUACACGAAAGUUUUCCAUUUGUCGUGUCGACCACGUCACCGAUUACAACAACAACGGAGUCCUUAGCUAUUUUAUUAUUACCCAGCUGGGGUUCAAUAAUUUUAAUUCUGUAAUAAGAAAUAAGCAAUUUAUAGACAAUAUUUAUGCCAAAUUUGGGUAUAAAUUAAUCGAUUCCAUAAAACAUUUAGUAAAAUUUCAUGGAAUAAGUGCUCAAAAUAAUUAUUAACAACGCUAUGCAUAGUUUCGUAAAUUUAGCUAUCUUAAUGUACGUGUUACAAAUUAUUAUUUAAAAUCAUAUAGCAUAUAUAUGUACCAAAUACCGCGUUAGCGAUUGUUAUUAAUUUGGUGCUUGUUAGUAUUGUAGUGUGAAAAAUUUAGCGUUUUUUGUUUUAAACAUCUCUUGUCGGCGUCAUUUUUUAUUUAUCAAGUGACGAUUUUUUAUUUAGUGCCAUUUAAGAAAAAAAUCGUUUGUUAGCACGUAGAUUUUGGAUUUAUUUAGAAUGUACGUGUGUAAAUACAGUAAAUACAUGCAUAUUAUA